AUUUUUAAUCGAUAGAGCUAUAAGGCUGUAGAUAGAGAUCUAAUGCGAACAAUAUAAAGUAUAAUUAUGAUUGAUAACGUUCAAAGUAGCUUGCGCUUUAUCGUUUUUACCAAGAUUAUUUAAUGCUUUAGUUAUCAUGCAGAACAUGUUGAAAAAUAUUCACGUGUAUUUUAUUCUCACUGAAUUCGAAUUCCCAUUCUGAUAGAUUUGUUGGGACAAUAGUUCAGUGUUUAACAAAGAACAAUGAAACGUGCGAACACCAUCAGCCGCUCGGUCGAAAUCGGUCUCCGUUUUAUCGGUUUAUGGCCGGAUUCGACUUACGCGACUUUCUAUUGGUUUAGUUACAUGACGUCGAUAGUAAUAGUGCAAUAUUAUCAAUAUGCGUAUGUGCUUGGACAUCUUGAAAUAAACGAUGUUUGGCUUCUUAUGGACUGUCUUAGUCUCACUUUGGCAUAUACUCUCGCUUUUUUUAAACUUCUUGUUUUGUGGUGGAAUCGCCGAAUAUUUUAUCGUAUUGUGAAAGACAUGGAUGAAGAUUGGAAAAAUUGCAUUGUCAACAGUUCGUAUAUGUCCACGAUGAUGACCAUGGCAGAUCUGUCGCGUCGUUUUUCCAACAUAGUGUUCACUGUAAAUGGCAUCGGUGCAUUUUUUCUUUCGAUUGGCGAGCAUUUGUUGCAAUCGAUGGACGAUGCCAAUCGAAUUAACAAUAGUUCUCGGGAACUCCCUUUAAAAAUGGAAUUUCCUUUCGAUGUCAGCGAAUCACCAAUUUUCGAGUGUUUUCUAAUUGGACAGUUUAUCUAUGAUUUGGUCAUAGCUUUUGUAGUUGGUUUGAUGAAUGCGUUACUUGUCACAUUGAUACUUCAUGUAAGUGGUCAAAUCGAUAUUAUGCGACAAGAUUUAGCCGAAAUUUCCAAACACAAUUACGAUCAUAAUACAUUUGUAAUUAUUAUUAAAGACCUCAUCUGCAAACAUCAAAGGAUCAUUGCUUUAUCGGAAAAUAUUGAAAAUCUUUAUACUGAAAUUGCACUGAUGCAAAUUCUAUGGAAUACAUUGGUUAUUUGUUGUACUGGUUUUUUUAUUAUAAUUACUAUUAAUACCACUAAAGAUAUAUCGACUUUGAUCAAAUCUGUAAAUUAUUAUAUUGCAAUAACUCUAGAAGCUUUCAUAUUUUGCUAUGCUGGGGAAUUUUUGAGUGCCAAGAGUAUGUCGAUUAGCGAUGCAAUUUACGAAUCACUUUGGUACAAUGUAUCUCCAAAUGACAGUCGUAUUUUAUUGUUCAUGAUGUUAAGAUGUCAAAAACGAUUAACGAUCACUGCAGGAAAAAUCAUUGAUUUGACGUUAAAUGGAUUUGCAAGUAUUAUGAAAGCAUCAGCUUCUUACAUAUCAGUAUUAAAUGCGAUGUACUAAGUUUAGAGCAAUGUCGAUUGCAUAUAUAUGUAUAUUCUCUAUUAGCUUGGCUGCGAUAGUUUAGAAAGCGAUCAUUAUUGUUGAUCAAUUUGAUUACACAAAU